AUGGACUUCCACGUGUAUCCACUUCCAGGAGGGGCCAACGCCUUGUGUGCUCCCGAGUACACAACGUUGGCCACCAGCGACUGGCCAGAGCCUGGCAGUCCGCUCCUCCCGCUUCUCACUGAUGAUGGCAGCACAUCCCCCGAUAGUUUCAUCGAAGCUUCUUUAUCUUCUGUCUCGCCAGCAGAUACAAAUUUUAAUUUAGGUGUCAGUUUUUAUUCCGAAGUUCCAAAUGACGUUGUGGAUCUAAUCAUGGAUUAUUCGGAAUCCAAAUACCCCGAGGAAGUUUUUCAACAGUUGGACUCAUUCCCUGUACCAAAUAUACGGCGGGAGCCUACUGUUGAAGACGAUGUACAAAAUACUGAAGAGCUGGCUAAUCCACAAGUACUUCGAAGGCGGGUAACCAACCGUGAGGCUUCGUUCCGAUACCGUCAAAAGUUGAAGCAAAAAACUAGCCAAUUACAGGAAGAGUUGAAUAACGCAUUUGCUGCAUAUCAGCGCGCCAAAGCGGCCUACGAGAAAACUGAACAAACUUUCGAAGUGACCGAAAAGCUAAUUCGCGGCCUGCUGAAGUUGCACGACUGA